CUCAAUCUCAAAACCCCAACAACAGAAUGAAAGGAGGAGGGAUGAAUGUUACCUGUUUACCCCACAGAGAGGGAGGAGCUCCAUUCUUCAAACAAAAGCAGAGUUAGAAAGAAGGUGUGUACUUAGAACACUUCCUCAAUGUGGACAUUCAAGCCACGCAACACUGAAGACUUGUCCUGAGGGUGCUGUAGAAAGUCUCCAGAAGGUCAUUUCAUGGGGGAAAAUCCUGCUAAGAACCAUUAUGCACUGCUUAACCAGGGAGAGGAGAAUGAAAUGGAAAUUUUUGGCUACAAAACCCAGGGCUGCCGGAAGGCUCUGUGCAUUGCUGGGUACAUCUUGUCCUGUGGGGCUCUCCUGCUGCUGUUCUACUGGAAACCAGAAUGGGAUGUGUGGGCAAACUGUGUUCCCUGCAGCUUGGAAGAAGCAGACGUUGUGUUGCUUAGAACAACAGAUGAAUUUCGGAUUUAUUCACAUAAGCAUGUGACAUGGAUCUCUAUGUCUGGAAUUAUCAGAAGUAGAUUGGAUUAUCCAAGCAUUGCUGAGGAAGAUUCAAUCUUCAACAAAGCCUUAAUGAAGCCAAGUUUACAGGUGAAAAGUAUACAAGUACAAAAAAUCCGCUAUGUCUGGAAUAUCUAUGCAAAGCAGUUCCAGAAAGUUGGAGCCCUAGAAGACCACCACACUUGUUCAGCAAUACACGCCAAAUUUGGUUCUGGUCUUACCUGCAAUGAACAGAGUCUCAGGAGAGUGAUAUGUGGGCCAAACACUAUUGAUGUUCCAGUGAUCCCUAUUUGGAAACUACUCAUCAAAGAGGUCUUAAAUCCUUUUUACGUAUUCCAGUUGUUCAGUGUGUGUCUGUGGUUUGCUGAAGAUUACAUGGAGUAUGCUGCUGCCAUCAUAAUUAUGUCUCUCCUCUCAAUUUCUCUGACUGUAUAUGAUCUUAGGCAGCAAUCGGUUAAACUGCAAAGACUGGUUGAGUCUCAUAACAACAUCAUGGUCACUGUCUGCAGAAAUAAGGAAGGUUUCCAAGAGCUGGAAUCACAUCAUCUUGUUCCUGGAGACACGAUGGUUUUGAAGGAGGGCAAAGCCCUCUUGCCUUGUGAUGCCAUCUUGAUCAGUGGGCAGUGCAUUGUAAAUGAAAGCAUGCUGACAGGAGAAAGUAUUCCAGUAACAAAGACCCAGUUACCCCAAGCUGAUAACCUGAAGCCCUGGAAAAUGCACUGUGCAGAGGAUUACAAAAAACACAUCCUCUUCUGUGGAACAGAGGUCAUACAGACCAAGGGAGACGACAGAGGAGUAGUGAAAGCCGUAGUGCUGCAGACUGGUUUCAAUACAACCAAAGGAGAUCUGGUGAGGUCCAUUCUCUACCCUAAACCAGUGAACUUCAAGUUGUACAGAGAUGCUCUCCGGUUCCUGAUGUGCCUCAUAGCAUUUGCGACCAUUGGAAUGAUCUACACUGUGUGUGUAUUUGCACUUAAUGGGGAGGAGGCUGGAGAAGUAGUGAAGAAAGCUUUGGACGUUAUCACUAUUGCUGUCCCCCCAGCCCUACCAGCUGCCUUGACAACAGGAAUCAUUUACACCCAGAGGAGGCUGAAGAAAAAGGGCAUCUUCUGCAUCAGCCCACAAAGAAUCAAUAUGUGUGGACAGCUGAACCUCAUCUGCUUUGACAAAACUGGCACCUUAACAGAAGAUGGCCUGGAUCUCUGGGGCUUGCUGCCCUCUGAAGGAAACUGCUUUCAGGAUGUUCACAGGUUCCCUGCAGACCACAGCCUGCCUUGGGGCCCAGUGUUCAGCACAAUGGUGGUUUGUCAUUCGUUAAUUGUUCUGGAGGGCAAGAUCCAAGGAGACCCACUGGAUGUGAAAAUGUUUGAGGCAACUAACUGGGUGAUAGAUGAUUCCAGCGGACACCAGACUGAAGGUCAAAGAUCUACACAUGCCACAGUUGUUAGACCUGGACCUAAAGCCAACCGUGCCUCUGUGGAAGGAAUUACCAUUUUACACCAGUUUCCAUUUUCUUCAGCUUUGCAGAGAAUGUCUGUCAUUGCUCAGGAAAUUGGUGGGGAAAAACAAGUCUUCACAAAAGGUGCUCCAGAAAUGGUAGCUGUGUUAUGCAGAGCAGAAACAGUCCCAUCGAACUUCGAAAGUAAGCUUCUGUUCUACACAGCACAAGGCUUUAGGGUGAUUGGACUGGCAUAUAAGUCUCUACAGUUGGGAAAGCAAUCUACUGAUCUAACGAGGUAAGCAACAAACAGCUUCUUAUCAGCCACAUCCAGCCAUAAGCCUCACAUUAUAUCAUUACCUCAAGGCCUUUACCAAGAUCAGGGCUGUAGCAUAGACGGGCUUGCUAGAUGCAGGCUAAAGAGAAUCUGUUUAAAUCUGGAUAUGGGUCUGAGAGUGGGUAGAGUGGGUAUUGCUACUCAGUACCUGUAGCACAUACCUAUAAUCUUUGUGUUUCUUAGCAAUGGAUUAACAUAUGAUUCAACUCUAGCACAACCUGCAGCUUAGUACACCCCUACCUCAGCCCAUAAGUUCUGCCACUCUCCAUGCAUAUUUAUCUAGGAUUUCAGUCAAAUAUGUUUGUUUGUUUUUUAAGUUCUUUUUUUAUCCUGGCU